AUGGCGGAAGCAGUAGCUGGUUUGCUCACGUCCGGUUUCGUUAAGAUCGCGAAAGAUACACUGGGCUCUGCCAUCGGCAACCAGGCCAGCUUGCUGUGGAACUUCACCGAUGAUCUGCAGGAGAUGAAGGACCAUCUGGAGACCAUCUCAGCUGCGCUCGAGGACGCCGAGAGGCGGUCGGUAAAGGAGAAACUGGUGCAGCUAUUGCUGAAGCGGCUCAAGGACGUCGCCUUAGACAUCUCCGACGUGCUCGAAGACUACCAAGACACCAGUGACCAAGCAACUGCAAAGAAUCCUGGGGUGCUCUCGUGUAUCCCAACUGCAUACAAGAAGAUUGCCAUCGCUAAUAGGAUGAAGAGUUUGAGAAAAGAGCUGAUGAAAAUCAAUAUGGAGUUUGGUAGUUUUGAGUUCAUCAGCACACAAGGCACUUGCACUACUAUUGUUCAGCAUUAUGACAAAUUUGAGACAACAUCACAUUUUUUGCCUGAAGUAGAAGGGAGGGAAGGAGAAAAACAGGAAAUCAUAAACCUGUUGUUACAAGCAAGAUCAAACCAUGAUGAGAAUGAGACAGUGAUUGUUCCUAUCUAUGCCCUUGGAGGUAUGGGCAAGACUACUUUGGCACAACUAGUAUACAACGAUGACCAAUUCAAGCAGUAUGAUUGUCGUAUGUGGGUUUAUGUCUCCCAAGAUUUCAAUUUAUUGAAAAUAGGAAACUCUAUAAUUUCUCAAGUAUCAGCAGAAGGUGCUCAGCAAAAUAGGGAUCUCCAGAAUAGAGGUCUGCAGGUGAUAAUGGACUGCCUUGAUAACCAACUCUGUAACAAGAAAGUUCUGAUCGUUCUAGAUGACUUAUGGGAGAAAGAUGACACUGAGUUGAGCAAACUGAAGAAAAUGCUUCAUGUGGGCAAGAAGGGCAGUAUGAUAGAUGUCAUAGUAACCACACGAGAGGAAGGAAUUGCAAGGGAAGUUUCCACCAGUAAACUAUAUAAGCUACAUCCUUUGAAGAAUAAUGUAUGCUGGGAAAUAAUUAAGAGAUCCAGUAAUUGUAACCAAAAGGAAUUUGAGUGGAUAGGACUGGAUAUUGCAAAGAAAUGCGGAGGUGUGCCAUUGGCAGCUCAAGCACUUGGGUACAUGUUACAAUCCAAAGAUAUAUCUGAAUGGAAAAACAUAAAUGACAGUGAUAUCUGGAAUGAAACAUCAGAUGAUAGAGUGCUUCCAUCCUUGAGGUUGAGUUAUCAAAGGAUGCCACAGCAGCUGAGGAUAUGCUUUUCCUAUUGUUCCAUAUUCUCAAAAGGACACAAUAUUGUUGAAAAUGACUUGAUUCACCAGUGGAGUGUGUUGGGUUUCAUUGAGACAUCAAAGGGGAAGGAAUACAUCAAACACCUUUUAGGAAUGUCCUUCCUUCAAGUUUUAAAGAUGCCCUUGACUUCUCAAAACCAUGAGGUGCGAUACACAAUGCACGAUCUGGUGCAUGACCUGGCAAGAUUGACAAUGGCUGACCAGCUAAAAAUUUACGAUGUUGCACCACCGAGAAAGACAAGGGCCCACAAAUAUUUCCGUUAUUCAUUGCUCAAAAAGUAUGACAGUACAACAAAGUUGGAAAAUAUGCCUUCAAAGAUGAGGGCACUUCAUUUCUCAGAUAGAGUCCAACUGAAUAUCCGGAGUGGUGCAUUUUCAUUUGCAAUGUGCCUGCGUAUUUUGGAUUUCAGUGAAUGCUCGGGUGUAUUGUUGCCAGCUUCAAUUGGCAAACUGAAGCAGCUGAGGUGUCUUAUUGCUCCAAGAAUGCAAAAUGAGACUCUCCCUAAGUGUAUCACUGAGCUAUCAAAACUGCAAUAUCUAAACUUAAAUCAAUCUCCUAAAAUUUCUGCACUGCCAGAUUCAGUUGGCAAGCUUGGGUAUCUGAAAUAUCUAUGUUUAUCAGGCUGCUCUGGUAUAUCUGAACUGCCAGAAUCAUUUGGCGACUUAAAGUCUAUGGUUCAUCUUGACAUGUCAGGAUGUUCUGGAAUAACAACAGUGCCAGAGUGUAUCACUGAGCUAUCUAAACUGCAGUACCUAGAUAUAAAUGGAUCUUCUAAAAUUACUGAACUACCAAUAUCAAUUGGCAAGCUUGGGUGUCUGAAAUAUCUAUGUUUGUCGGAUUGUUCUGGUAUUUCAAAACUGCCAGAAUCAUUUGGUGAUUUAAAGUGUAUGGUGCAUCUGGACAUGUCACGUUGUUCUGGGCUAACAGAACUGCCAGAUUCUCUUGGUAAUCUCGCGCAUUUGCAGCAUCUUAAUCUAGGUGGAUGUUACACUGUAAAAGCACUACCUCAAUCAUUGUGUGGCCUAACACAACUCCAAUAUUUGGAAUUGUCAUCAUGUGCUGGUCUUGAAGGGCUACCAGGGAGUAUUGACUUUAUUGCUACCCUUACCAAUCUGGAGUACCUGGGCCUAUCUUGGAAUUUUGGUCUUGCAUGUCUUCCAGAAAGUUUUGGUAACCUCAAAAGAUUGCAUACAAUGGAUCUUUCUUGUUGUUCGAAGCUUAAGUCCCUACCAGAGAGUAUAGGUAAACUUGGGCUGAAGUCUUUAGUGCUGGACGGGUGCUCCGAUGCACUGCUGGAUCAGGCCAGUUCCCUGGUAAAUUAUUCACAAACAUUACCACUCUUCAAGGUUCGUGCAGAUGAGGUCAAUGGUUGCAGCAAUCUUCCUCUGCUCGAGGGCGCCCAUGUCAGUGAGUUAAGAAUACAUUGUCUUGAAAAUGUAAGGUCUCUAGAAGAAGCAACUAAAGUUAAGUUGUCAGACAAACAUAAUCUCUCGAAGUUAAUAUUGUCUUGGUCUACAAGAUACAAGCGUGCGGUUCAAAUUUUGGAGGACAAAGAUUUGUUGGAACAACUAGUGCCACCUACUGGUUUGAAGAGCAUGCGCCUCGAAGGUUACAGCAGUACAAGCUUUCCAGUCUGGCUCAUGUGCAUUUAUCGUCACCUCAUAAACCUUGUUUCUAUCGAACUCAGCCAGAUGCCUACGUGUAGCAGCCUGCCACCACUUGGGCAGUUACCACACCUAGAAGAGCUGGAGCUCUCGGAAUUGCCUGGCAUUAAAAGAAUCGACAGGGAAUUCUGUGGUGGCAAGGGGGCUUUCCGUCGAUUGUCAUCCUUCUCCAUCUCACAAAUGGAUGGGUUGGAGGAGUGGAACACAACAUACUGUGUUGAGGAUGGUGUGGAGGAGUUCAUGUUCCCUGUGCUAGACACUCUGUGGAUAGUACAGUGUCCAAGGUUGAGGUUGAAGCCAUGCCCACCAACAUUUCGUGAGUGCAUUCUAUCUAGCAGCGACCAAGUUAUUUCAUCAUUGGAGGAGGUAGACAUAACCAGUCAUCACUGCUCUUCCUCUAGUGGGGCCAUCAAAUUGGAUUUGCAUAUGGUGGGCGAGUCCUGCCAGAGCAUCAGGCUAUUCCACCACUUCCCUGCCCUCCGAGAGUUGACAAUCUCUGGAGAUCACCUGACAAACGUGCCGGAAAGCAUGCGGCACCUCACUUCCCUUGAGUUGUUGAGGUUGCAAUGGUGCGAUAGCAUAUCAGCACUGCCUGAGUGGCUCGGCGACCUCUCCUCUCUAAAAAGCCUUGUCAUCUUUGCAUGUCCCGGCAUCAAGUCGUUGCCUGCAUGCAUACAGCAACUCACCAAGCUUCAGACGCUGGAGAUAAGUGGUUGCACGGAACUGGAGAAGUGGUGUGAAUCAGAAGAGAACAAGACGAAGCUGGCUCACAUCAGCAAUGUUCGAGUGCUUGCGCCGCUGGAGUACCACGAGAUGGCCCCAACGGCCACGCGCCUCGGCGUCAUGGCGUCUGACGCGACAUGCCUUGGAGCACUCACCAUCUUCGCCGACCCCUCUGCGUACAUCCUCGCCGUCAAGCCAUCACAGCUCUCCGUGUCUGGUGUCGUCGGGCACGCCGUCACCAUCAGCUACAUCCCUAAGUCGUACCACUCCGUCCUCGACUUCGCCUAA